AAACAUAUCCAGGCAGACCAGCCUGCCAACCUCCACUGACUGCUGUCACUGCUCAUGAAUUGGAUUCAUACACGGACUCUAUGAGAGUGGUUGUACUGGCUGUUAUAAUUGGUUUCAUAGCUCAAACCGAUAUGCUUUCCUGGUGGACACUUGAAAGCGCCAUGUACGCCUAUUAGAUGCGUAUUUAAUGGAUUCGUUUUAAGACGCAUCACUGCUGAAGUUUCGGCUCUGUCUGAAGACUUCGCCUCAGCGUGGCCAUGUCUUUCCCGGCCAAAGUGAUGCGAGACGGGCUGCUGGAGAAGCGCAGCAGCGGGCUCCUCCAGCUGUGGAAGAAGAAGCGCUGCGUGCUCACCGAGGAAGGACUGCGCCUGCACAACUGCAAAGGCGGCGGUGGCGAUGAUGCUCCGAGCGCAGCGUGGAGCUCCAAAGCCAAGGAGCUCCGCUUUGAGCGCAUGGCCACGGUGGACUGCGUGGAGUACAAGCGAGGGCUGGUGUACUUCACGGUGGUCAUGGUUACCGGGAAGGAGAUAGACUUUCGGUGUCCGCAGGACGGCACAGCGUGGAACGCGGAGAUCGCUUUGGCACUGGUGCGCUUUAAAAACCUGCAGGCUGUGCAAACGGGACGGAACAGGCACCUGUCCACAGCACACCUGGGCAGCACUGGGGAGGAUGAGGAGCUCUGACCUAGCACAGCAUUUCUACUUCCUGGAAACAAACCAAUCAGAGUGGAGACCAGCAGAGGACACCACAUCCGUCAGCUUGACUCUGUCGUGCACGACAUGAUGGGAUAUACACUAUGGCCAUCAGUGAAUAUGGAUUGAAGGGCUGAGAACUGGUCUUCCUACAUGACCUUUGUCAUGCUGUCAUACAAGGCAUAGGAAUCUCUUAUACUAAUUUAUAAGCAUGGAUAAAAAAAAAAAAUCUGUCAUGACCUCGCUGCUUGAGGUCAUUGUGGAGACCACUGCAUAAGAAAAAGGUUAUUGUGAAAGAGACUGUGGAUCUAGGACACCCCUUGUGCCUUGAUGUUUCAAACAGAUUUUCCAUUUUGGACAUAAUUUCCCAGCGUUUUCUAACGUUGCUGAAACAGGAGCCAAUUUAUUUCUUGCUUUUCAUGGAAACUGGCUUUAAACCUUUUCUUAUUGAUUGAAUGGAUCUGCAUGCUUUUUCUAAUGUCAAACAUGAAGAAAUAUUUUUGCUCAUAUUCAUUGCACAUUGUAUGCAUAUAUUUGCUGAAACCAUGUACAGUAUUACUCUCUUAAAAAGAUUAAAUACAUUUUUGUUGGUAA